GCCGCUUUGCUGACCCUCUUGUUUCUGUUUGGGUUCGACCGACGCUGCCUAUGUUUUUUGCGGCUAAAAGGAGCAGUAUCAUCGGCUAGAAAGCAAGCAAGACGGCACGGAGAUUUCUGCCUCUCCUCCCGCAGACGUCGCCUCCUUGAACCAGACACGCCACCAGGCAGCAGGAAAGUGAGGCAGGAGAAGGCUCUCCUCCUUGCAGCAGGCAUCGGUUCUAUUCUAUCAGCAAGCAGUUCAGGUUGGCAGGGCGCAAGAAAUUUGGGGAUUUUCCCCUGUGCAGUCAGUGACAGUGUUCUCCCUUUGUGCUCACCUGACAGAACCAAGAAGAUUGGAGACGGGCAUGCGCAGGGUUCGAGUCUCGUCCCACCACUCUCCGGUCCACAAGCUGGGCGAUUCGAACAUGAAGCUGACGCCCAAGUUCCGGCUUGCCGCCGGCACCACCUCAUCACCGUCCUCCUCCGAGCUGGAGCAACCUCAACCCCCAUGGGAGACGCCGCUCAUCCCGGGCCUCCCGGACGACGCGGCGCUCAACUGCCUGCUCCGGCUGCCCGUGGAGGCCCACGGCGCCUGCAGGCUCGUGUGCCGCCGCUGGCGCCACCUCCUGGCCGACAAGGCGCGCUUCUUCACGCAGCGGAGGGCCAUGGGCCUCCGCUCGCCGUGGCUCUUCACGCUCGCCUUCCACCGCUGCACGGGCAAGAUCCAGUGGAAGGUGCUGGACCUCGACCGCCUCGCCUGGCACGCCAUCCCCGGCAUGCCCUGCCGGGACCGGGCCUGCCCCCGCGGCUUCGGCUGCAUCGCCGUCCCGGGCGACGCCGCCCAGCUGCUCGUCUGCGGCGGGCUCGUCUCCGACAUGGACUGCCCGCUGCACCUGGUGCUCAGGUACGACGUCUGCAGGAACCGCUGGGCCGUCAUGGCCCGGAUGCUCUCGGCGCGGUCCUUCUUCGCCGGCGGCGUCGUCGACGGCCGCGUGUACGUCGCCGGGGGCUACAGCACGGACCAGUUCGAACUGAACUCAGCCGAGGUUCUCGACCCGGCCAACGGCGUGUGGCAACCAAUCGCCAGCAUGGGCACCAACAUGGCCUCCUCUGACUCGGCCGUGAUCGGCGGCAGGCUCUACGUCACCGAGGGCUGCGCGUGGCCCUUCUUCUCGUCGCCGAGAGGGCAGGUGUACGACCCCAGGGCCGACCGCUGGGAGGCGAUGCCGGCCGGGAUGCGCGAGGGGUGGACGGGGCAGAGCGUGGUCAUCGACGGGCGGCUGUUCGUCAUCUCGGAGUACGAGAGGAUGAAGGUGAAGGUGUACGAUCCGGAGACGGAUUCCUGGGAUCCUGUCGACGGGCCUCCCAUGCCCGAGCGGAUCAUGAAGCCUCUGUCCGUGAGCUGCCUGGACAGCAAGAUCGUCGUCGUUGGCCGGGGUCUCCAUGUGGUGAUCGGCCAUGUCAAGAAGCAAUCCGGCGGCAACAACGGCGGUGGCGGCGGUUCUUGUGACUACUUGGUUCGUUGGCAGGAUGUGGAGGUUCCCAGGGCGUUCAGCGAUCUGACGCCUUCAAGCAGUCAGAUUUUACAUGCUUAAAAGUAACUCUGCCUCUAGAAUAAAAGCUCUCCUAGUCUGCAAAGCCCUGUUCGAUGUCUGUGUAUGUUAUUACCAUUAGACUCUUUGCUGCUGUCAUCUUGUAUAAUCUGCAAAUGAUGAUGUACUUAUCAGUGAAGAAACAAUUCAAAACUGUACUGUUGUUGUAAGUAGUAUAGAUGUUUGUGGGUACUGAACCAAACCGAAGACUGAUCCGACUUGUUGCUGAAUUUCCAACUACUGUAAAUUUGUAUC